UGUCCCAAACACCAGUAUUUGCGAUGAGUACUGCACCUGAAAGGCAGUCUAGGCGAAAAGCCCAGAUCUCAAACAUCACGGCUGCGAAGGCUUUGUUACCCAAACCGAUCAUCCGGUUACAGAUCAACGAGCCACGGAGGCGCGAGAUUGACGUGGCCCAUCCAGCAGAGAAAAACAUGAUUGAGCUCAGCUGGACGCAGGAUGAGGAAUCCGGCGACGGGACAACAAGUGUUACGGUCCUCGGUACGCAAUUUUACUCCUUUCUCUCCUCUUUCUUACCUCCAUCCGGCUGGCGAAAUCCUCACGCAAUCACCCCCAACUCAAACGGGACAUCUCUCCCCAUACAACAAGGCCUCGAAGGUGGCCCUCGAGAUCAUCAAACAUAUUUCGAGCAUCGACAUCAACGACGACACGCAGAUGCUCUCGCUGACCAAGGCCUCCAUCGGGACCCGGCGGUCGACAUCAAGUAUUACGCACGCGUGGAGAAGAUCCCUGGGGGCGACAUCGAGCAGAGCAAGGUGCUGAAGGGCGUCGUGCUGAACAAGGACGCACCCGAACAUGCGGAGGAGGAUCGAAAGGCCAAGAGUUGUGUUGAGGCGGACUGGGUGAGAGCGCAGGAGAUGGAGGAGGAGCGGGUCGAAGAGUUGUGCUACAAGAUGCUGGAGUUCAAACCCGACAUCGUCAUCGCCGAGAAGGGCCUGGCCUACCACAUCUUCACGGAAGACAACGUCUCCGCGAUUUGUCGCGUAUGGAAGUCGGACAAUAACCCCAUCGCCCUCGCUGUCAGUGCGACCAUCAUCAACCGUGUUGAAGAUCUGAGAGAAGCAGAUGUUCAUGGACUUCACCUUCAUGCACCUCCUCAAAAACUUGUACCACCCUCCUCCGCGGGUCCUCCUCCACGGGUCCUCCAAGGACAUCCUGAACGAGAGCGCCCGGAACAUCGCCGACUCGCCCAGGACGUCUUCUUCCACCCGUUCCUCUCCCAGGGGGUGCCACGACGGAGAUGCCGAUUUCUAUGGAGCCGCGCGAAGUCGCGAGGGAGGUGGAAGUUCGGCAGUGGCGUGGAGGCGUGGCCAUUUUGGGUGGUGGCCGACGCGAUGGAGGUGAUUCCGAGGGUGUUGGUCCAGAAUGUGAGUGGGAAUGCGAUGUAGG